UAUCCUCAUCAAAAUUCUCUCCCCUAAUUAUUAAGCCAAGCAAGGUGGGGCGCCGUUGGAUGAAGAAUAACUGGAGCCACACCAGAAGACUGCAUACUGUACGUCAAUGGUGGGAAAGAAGGCAAUUAUUAGUCUAAGUUGGCUGCCGGAAUUAUAAAAAGCCCUCAAUGCGCCGAUGCUCUCACAAAAAACGCCAUUCUUACUUUGAAGCUGCUCUUUCACAAAGCUUUCUUGAGCUUCGGCGCUCAAGGCAUGGGGUUUAAGCUAGCCUUUGUUUUGUUCCUCUUCGCCGUUCCUGUAAUUUGGUGUAAAGAUGGCAAUGAUGUGACAAUUAUUGUAAAGGGUUCUGUUACAGAAGCUGAAACUGAUGAUAAUUUCGUGUGCGCUACGCUUGAUUGGUGGCCACCUGAGAAGUGUAAUUAUAAGCACUGCCCCUGGGGAAAGUCUUCUGUUUUUAAUUUGGAUUUGAAUCAUCCUAUUCUUUUCAAGGCCAUUCAAGCCUUUGGAUCACUGCGAAUAAGGGUUGGAGGUUCUUUACAAGACCAGGUCAAAUAUGGUGUGGGAAGUUUAGCUUCUACGUGUGAUGCAAUUACCAAAAUGUCCGGGGGGCUUUUUGGAUUUUCAAAAGGAUGUUUGAGAAUGGAAAGAUGGGAUGAGCUGAACCGUUUGUUCCAAAAGACUGGGGCUGUCAUAACAUUUGGUCUGAAUGCUCUCUAUGGGAGGCAUCAGGCGCAGAAGGGCUUCUGGCACGGUGCUUGGAACUCCACCAAUGCUCGUGAUUUUAUAAACUAUACUAUUUCGAAGGGAUAUCCUGUUGAUUCAUGGGAGUUUGGAAAUGAGCUGAGUGGACGUGGUGUAGCUGCUAGAGUUGAUUCUGAACAAUAUGGUAAAGAUUUAAUUGGUCUUAAAGCCAUUCUUGAUGAGCUCUACAGAAAAUCGCGCACAAAACCGCAGUUGGUAGCGCCUGGUGGGUUCUUCGACGAUCAGCAAUGGUAUGCUCGGCUCCUCGAGGUUUCGGGACCUGGUGUUCUAAAUGCCAUGAGCCACCAUGUCUACAAUCUUGGUGCUGGAAAUGAUCCUCACAUAGCAAGCAAAAUUACAAAUCCGAAAUAUUUAAGUUCGUUUGCUGAUACAUUCAGAAACGUUCAGCUCACCAUUCAGAGACAUGGACCAUGGUCAUCAGCUUGGGUUGGCGAAGCCGGCGGCGCGUACAACAGCGGCAGCCGUCUGGUCUCCAACACCUUCCUGAAUAGCUUCUGGUACUUGGAUCAAUUAGGAAUGGCAUCGAAGUACAAAACAAAGGUUUACUGCAGACAAACAUUGAUUGGUGGUAAUUAUGGUCUUCUGGACACACAAACAUUUAAACCAAAUCCUGAUUAUUACAGUGCGUUACUUUGGCAUCGGCUGAUGGGGAAGGGAGUUCUCAGUGUUGAUAUUAGUGGAUCUCCAUUUUUAAGAGCCUAUGCUCAUUGCAGCAAACAGAAAUCAGGUGUCGUCGUGCUCUUGAUCAACCUAAGCAAAUCGGAGAAAUUCAGCGUGACGGUUCGAAAUGAUCUCAAUGUAGAUCUUGCAGAAGGAAGCGGCAUCGAAAAAGAUAGCUCUUUCAUGCGAGAUCUUAAACAGACAGUUUCAUGGAUUGGAGAGACAGCUUCAGAUGCUUCUGAGAAAAGGGAAGAAUAUCAUCUAACUGCGAAGAAUGGGGACUUUCUCAGCAGAACAAUGCUUUUAAAUGGGAGUCCUCUGCAACUCAACAAAAAUGGAGAAAUUCCAGCACUAAAUCCUUCACUGGUUGCUAAUAGUUCUCCCAUAGUUAUAGCUCCCCUCUCCAUUGCGUUUGUUGUGUUCCCAAAUUUUGAAGCUCUUGCUUGUGUUUGAUUAGAUGUUGUUGAUUUGUUUGUGUUAUUUUGUAGUUGUUGAUUUGUUUGUUGGGUUCGUUUAGGUGAUUGUGGGAAGAGAGAGAUUAGAAAAAUAGUAAUAAAGUUUGAUGUUUUUCUUUUUAAAA